AUGUCUUCCAAAGGGAGGAAUCGUGGUACGAUGAGGCGCCUCGAACCGGGGCAGACAGAUGUGUCUGGGGAGCUUCGAAACCUCAAACAUGAAGAGAAACAGAACAAACAGCUGCCGAAGCUUCCUGCAAACACGACGAUUAAUCGUCGACCCAUCAACCAUGCAUCAAUCGCAUCGCCUUUUGCAGGGUCCAAGGUACAGAAGGUAGUCUAUAUCUCUCGCAAAACACCAGUCAUGAGUGCCGUGAAACGUGUCAAGAAGUUCCUACGUGAAAUCGAGAAGCGUGCCAUGCAGAGUCAGGGCGUGGACAACGUGCUUGGGAAUGGCGGUCGUGCUUCUCGAGGUGAAGACAGAGAACUUCAUAGAAGGCUGGACGAUGUGAGUGAGAAACUGAGGCGGGAUGCUGAGGAAGUGCUUGUCAAGGCAUCUGGACGAGCUAUGGAGCAGGCGCUACGCAUAGCAGAAUGGUUCAGAAACAGAGAGGAGGAAAUCAGCACGAAAGUCGACGUCAGAACAGGUAGUGUCAGUGUGGUUGAUGACAUUGUUGAAAAGGACGAGAACGAAGAUACUGAGGCUGAGGCCGCGGACAACACGGAUGACGAAGAGUCACCAGAAGUAGCAGCUGCGAUGACUGUGCUUGACGGAGGUGAUACUACGAUGGAGCUGUUACGCAAUCUAGAAAAUAAUGUGACUGGAUCAGCACAAGAUCAAAAUAAGAACCUGGCUCGCACGGAUGACCAGCCAAGCAACAAUCCUGGUCAAUCUUCAACAUCUGAGAAGCCAAAGAGCCGAAGGCGAAAGAGGAAGCGAGCUCAGUAUGGGCCAGACGAUGUUCCUGAGGCUCGACUGCGAUGGGUUAAGACCGUUGAGGUUGCUAUUAGUCUUCGGGCUUAA